UGGGGUGGUGGGUACAGAAUUACAGCCAACACAUAGGGUUCACCAUGUUCCAGACACUGUUUUUAAGUGCUUUCCAUAUACCAGCUCUUUUAAUCCUCAGGACAACCCUACGAGAAAGCUAGUAUGAGUAUAACUUCCUUUUUCACUGAGGAAACUGAGGCACAGAGACCUGAAAUGAUUCACCUGAGGGCAGAACAGCUGGCAUAUUCUUAAGGCCCUCUACUCUUCUCUAUGCUUGAGACAAUUUCUAAUUCCAAAAAAUAAUGAGAGAGAAGAGGGCAGCAGGGAGAUGUGACCACGCCCACGGUCAUUUCUCCCACAGGCACCACGAGGCUGGCUGCCCUGCCUUCAUCAUGAUCAAGCUGAGCCCACUGCGGGACCGCCUCGUGGUGACGGAGUGCCAGCUGACCGCGCACCCUACCUGCCCGACCGAGUUCGCCUGCUACUUAGAGCUGGGCCGCCUCCUGGCCAACACCUGCCUGCCAGCGCGCACCACCAACAAGACCUCCAAGCAGUUCCUGUCCCCCGCCGACGUGCACCGCCUGCUCUCCUACUGCAAGGACAGCGACCACAAUAUCAUUGACACCUUGCACGUGCUGGAGGGGCUCUUCCACACUGACCCCGAGGCCAAGGUGAAGCUGGUGUUCAUGAAGAACCAGGCGGUGGUGGAGACCGUGCUCUUCCUGACGUCGCGCACUCGGGCGCUGCUGCGGCGCUUCUCGCGCAUGCUCCUAGUGGACCCGCUACCGGCGCUGCAGGGCGCGCUGGACCUGCUAGUGGUCUUGUUGGUGGAUGGCCUGGGCCGCGCGCGCCCGGCCGCCUGCUGCGUGGAGCGCCCAGGGACACUGAGCCUGCUGCGCUUAGUGCUACAGAGUACGCCGGAUGUCAAGGGCCACGUGCGCUGCCUGACAGCGGGGCCCGAGGUGACAGCGCAGCUGCCCGCCGUGCGCCAGCUGCUGCCCGGUGCGCGUGUGCAGAUAUGCCGCGUGCAGGGCCUCGAGACGCUCUUUAGCAAGGCGCAGGAGCUGGGCUGCGCGGGCCGCGAGGAUCCCGGCUUGUGGCCGCGACUGUGUCGCCUGGCUGGCGCUCCGUCACCUGCCACCUACACCAAGGUUCUGGCCAAGCUGCGCGCCCACGGCCCGGCCGCCUUCGUCGACUACUUCGAGCGCAACUGGGCCUCCCGCCGCGACACUUGGGUGCGCUUCCGCGCCUUUGAAGCGACCCGCGACCUGGACAUGUGUGCCCUGGUGCGCGGCCACCGCCGAUGCCUGCUGUGCUGCCUCAGCCCCUCACGCAGCAUGGCGCAGUGCCUUCGCGACUUGGUGACCAUGCAGUGGGCUGAUGCGUCCAGAGAGGUGGUGCCCGAUGGCCCCGGCGGUGGGGAGCCUUGGUUGGAGUGCAAGCAGGGGAGGAGAGCCCAGGUGGAGAAUGAGAGGAUGAAGGGCCUGGAGAACGGGGAUUGGGGAGGGACCCCGAAUGAAGGAAGUAUUUGGAGAGGCGUCCAGCUGGAGAAGAAGUGGGCCAGACAACUGGAGCCCAGAGACUUGGGAGGUGCUCAGUUAGCAAGUGAGAAGGAGAGAGGGUUGCAAAUCCGAUAUUGGAAAGGGGUCCAGUUUCAUAACCAGAAGGUGAGAGGGCUAGAGGAGUGCCGGAGAGGGUCCCAGUUGGAGAACCAGGGUCUGAAAAGGUUGAAAGGGUAUCCCUGGAGGAUGGCUCAGUUGGAGGAUCGGAGGAUUAGGGUUCUGGAGACCAUAGACCAGAAAAGGACCCAGUUUGAUUAUGAGGAGGCCAGGAGUCUUGAAGGGAGCACCUGCAGGGGGGCCAGGUUGCACGAUGAGAGAACCAGUGGACUGAAAACCAGAGACUGGAAGGGGCCUCAGAUAGAAGCCAAGAAGGGAGGGCAGCUGGAGGUCAGAAACUGGAGGGGGGUCUAUUUGAAGAAGCCCCUCAAGUUGGUCCCUGAGAACAGAGACCAAAGGGGUCUCCAGUGGGGAGAUAAGAGGCAGAGAGGGCCAGGAAUUAGAGAAGAGAGAGGAGUAGUGAGGUUGCGGGUCAAAAGAAAAAGGGACCUGGAAGACAUAGUUCUGGUCCAGCUAAGGGACACAUACUGGGUGACAGGCCUGGAGGAUGGGGAUGGAGAUGGAGCCCAGCCUGUGGGCCCCAAGAGUAGGGGAGGGCAAGGAAGGGAGUGUGUGCACACAGGAGGGAGGUACCUAGGACUGGGGAAUGGAGUUAUGUGUGGCACCCCCAUGGGAACUGUGUUUAAGGACGAUCCAGAAUGUCCAGUGACAAGGAGAGUGUACCUGGCUACAGGGGACAGCCUGCAGGAAGGAAGUGAAGGAGAAUCCCCGAGGGAACCUAGGAGGCUUUGCUGCCCCUUGGGAGAGGAGAUGGACUGGGAGCCCCUGGCCAAAUUCUGAGCAGCCUGCGGGCCAGAGCUGGCAGAUCUUGUGGCCGAGGAGCUGGCCUUUGCCAGGCAGCAUGGGACCCAGGGUUUCCACAUGACGGGAGCUGGCUUUGCCCUUAAGGAUGACACUUCAGAUUUCUUCCUGGGCGGGGCCCUGACACGCUGCAGCUGCUCCAUCCACUCCGCCCAGCAUCUGCCCUGCCGCCACCUCUUCACGGCGUGCCUCCUCACUGGGGCAGCCUUAUUCCAUAUGGACCUGCUCAGGGACUGCUGGGGGAGAGCCCCAGAGUCCUGAGCCUCAGGCCCCUGCCCACCACCCUGCACUGUGAGGGUGGGAGGGCAUUCUUUGAUCCCAAAGAUAACAGAACUCAAGCCAAGGAGGCCACCCCAGUUUCUCUGGCUAUCUCCUGGGUCACCAGUGUCCUAACAUUCCACUUCUCCCAAAGGAUCUCAAUUACCUGUUAAUAUACUGCUUUCUCCAAUAAUCUGUGUUCACCAUCUUUAUUAAUAGUCAAUCUUCCCCAAGGGAUCUCAUCUUGGCAGUUUGCCUCUCUGGGUCCUAGGGGAAGUUGACAGUGGUCGCCGAGGCCUGAAACCACAGGUGUGGAAGAUGGUAGUGACCAGGGUGAAUUCUGAGGGUUUCUUCAGAAUAUAAGCAAGAGGUAUAGACAGGGUCAGGCUGGGGCAGAAGGAAGAAAGGGACAAACUGGGGAGGGGAGUACACUAGGCACUAGGGAGGGCCUGGCCAAGAGGAGACUGGUAAAGUCCAGGGAGUUUAGGGAGUGAAGGAAAAAAGCAAGGAAGAAGGUAAGGAUAAAUGAAGGAGAGGUAAGGGUGGGAAAGACAAAGAAGAGAUAGAAAUGGAGAAAAGGCAAAAAUGAAGAAGAAAUGGGGAGAAGCAGAGGGAGGCAGGAGAGGAGAGGGGGAUGGGGGAAAGGAAGAAGGAGACACAGCAAAGGAAAGGUGUGGGAGAUGGAGAGACAAGAAAAGAGAGGAGUGAUUUGGGUAUUUCCAAGCCUGGAGACUUGGAUCCCCUUUGCCUUUUGAUUGGUCAUUUCAGGAAGAGACAGAAGAGGAGGAAGGCACAGGGAGUCUUUAGGAAUGGGCUGGGGGCUUUCCCGCAGGGUUGGGGAGCCAUCUGAACUAUUACGCUUCAAGAUUGGAAUAAAACAAUAUUAUUUUGGUUUCCAUACUGAGUUCUUGGCUUCUGGAGGAGGGUCAGAGGCCCAGACCCUGAGGGAAACUGAGAAUGUCCAGCAUUCUUUCAACAAGGCCUAUGGGGGCCAGAUGGAAUGAAGGGGCCAAAAUGAAUCUGUCUCCAUGGUAGCACACCUUCAUGCGUGACCCUUGAACCUCGAAAUGCCUCACAUGCCCACCUCAAUUCCUUCAGGCCUCUGCUCAAAUGCCACCUCCUCCUAAAUGCCACUCCUGAACAGUCUGUCUAAAGAGUCCCCCCACUCCCCUUCUCAGCAUUAUUCUUUACAACACUUACCACUACCUGAAAUUAUACCACAUUGCUCUUUACCAGUUUAGCACACUGGCUAAGUUUAUAGAGUAUGAAACCAGACUAUCUUGUUUCAAAUCCCAGUUCCGAUACUUACUUGAUAUGUUACAUUUGGUUGCUUAUUCUCUUUGUUUCAGUUUGGAGAUGACAAUAGUACCUAUCAGGAUAGGUGAAUGAGCCUGUACCAGUGUCCUAACAUUCCACUUCCCCCUCAAAGGAUCUCAAUUACCUGUUAACAUACUGCUUUCUCCAAUAAUCUGUGUUCACCAUCUUUAUUAAUAGUCAAUCUUCCCCCACCAAAAUAUAAGCUCUCUUUUAUGUCCCAUCGUCUUUCCAGUACCUAGAACAGUGCCUGUGGCAAAGUAAGCACUGAGAAAGAUGAAAAAAUAAAAAUGGCAGACUGGCUAAAAGCUGAUGCUUCGUUAUGCUUUAUUGUUGCUAUGGUGACAGUCUAGCCGGCCGGAAGAUUCCCAGCUUCAGUAACCUUGUGCUAACCCCACCCGGCUCACCCAUUGGCUACCUGUUUCUACGCUAUAGCUGCCAGAAAACUACAACUCCCAGCUGGCUGAGCGCCUGCCUGCUAAAUAGGGCGCCUGUGCAGUAGAAUCUGCUGUCCUGGCGCUCCAUCUGAGCGCUUAGUGGGGACACUAAGAAUGGGGGCAGAGGAAUGAUGAUGACACUGAGGCACAGAGACGUUAAAUAACUUGACCAAAAUCACACACCAGAAGUAGCAGAACCAGGAGUUGGACCCAGGCAGCCUGGUACUGGACUUCACCAUGUAUCCUGUGUGUGUUCCCUUUGGGAAGUUCAGAUUAGCAAGUAGAACAUGAUGGGAGUGAUAAGAGGGUAGUAGGUUGUAAAAGGAAAAAGAAUCGAGCCAUUUGAGCAUUGUGCAGUUUUUAUAGGAUUCUUAUACAGGUGAGUGGAGGUGUGUAGGGAGCUCUGGGAUGUUUGGGGAGAGUAGGGGAGUUAUAGGAAGAGUUUGGUGUUUUGAGGUGUAAUGGGAAGUUGUCUAGCUAUAUUGUCUAGUACAGUAGCAGCUAGCCACAUGUGGCUAAAUUAAAUUAAUUAAAGUUAAAUACAGUUAAAAAUUCAGUUCCUUGGCAGGUCAAGGUGGUGGAGUGGGUAAACGCUGUGCUUGCUUCCUUCCAUGACUACAUCAGAAUUACAACUAAAUUAUAGGACAAUUAACCCCUGGGGAACCAUCUGAAGACUAACUGAAUGGAACUCCUAUAAACUAAGACUAUGAAGAAGAAGCCACAUCAAGACUGUGAGCCAGAGGACUGCCCAGGCCUGCAUCUCCACCCCAGGGACCACCCAGGCUCAUCCCCUAGAGAUAAAUUUUUCUGUUGAAACACCCCUAGAAAAAGGAGGUAAGACCCCCAACCAGAACUAGCUAGUUUUUAGUGCUUGUGCAGACUGCUGGAACCUGCUCGUAGCUUGAACUCCAACCUCAUUAUAAUACAAUUAAAAUAAAAUGAACAUUGUGGCUUGGCAGCCCCC